AUGGUUCCCCAAGGGGCCAUCAAUUGCCCUGGCCAGACUCAUGUCCUCUGUCGGCUCAUAGACGUGAGCGAUACAAGCGGCGCUGAGCCGCUGCCUAAACAUCUGGCCGAUAUGAGACUGAGGUUUUGGGUCGGUCGCGCUGAGGACGAUGAGACGGCUCCCGUCUACAGUGCUUUCAUGUUGGCACAAGACCAGGCGCCAUCUUCCGAGAAGUUGGCAACUGUUUCGCAGAGCGUAUCUGAGAGCACGCCAUCAUUGUAA